AGGUCGCUCGCUGCAAAUGGAGCGUCUCGUUUAUUUAUUUGCUUAAAAAUUGUAUAAACCUAGAAUAAUCAUGAAUACUGAAACUGAACAAAUAUUUAUUUUAAAUCCCUCGGACUCACAAGGAUUUAUCGAAAGUCAAAAGUCUUCAGAAACCACAACAGUUAACCUAGAAAAUGCUAUGUUCUCAAAUAUCUGCCGCACUUGUGCGACGGUUACGGAGUUUAUUAUACCAAUAUUUCAUGGCGAGGGCUUGCAGAAUAACCUGGCAGACAAAAUACACAAACAUUUACCCAUACAGGUGACGGAGUCGGACGAGCUGCCGCAGGUGGUGUGCUACCAGUGCGCGAGCACGCUGCUGGCGUGGCACGAGCUGGUGGCGUGCUGCGUGCAGGCCGACGCCGCGCUGCGCACGCGCCUGGCCGCCGACGCUGCGUUGCGGGGCACGCUCGCUGUUGAUGUACAGGUUGAUUCGAAGCCUGGAACUAGCACUGAUGCAUGUGAAGUGACUCCACAAGACAGCCAUGACAAAGAUGCAGAAUCACCCUCCAAGUCGGGCUGCGGCUACUGCGCGGCGGCGCUGGCGGGCGCGGCGCUGCGGCGGCACGUGGAGGCGGCGCACGCGCACCAGGUGUUCCUGUGCGAGCACUGCCAGCAGUACGUGGACCGCCGCCGCCUCGUCGCGCACAUGAGCGCGCACGCGCAGGGCCACCGCCACGCCGGGGACGUCAGCGACACCGGCCAGCUGACGGAGCUGCCGCCGCCGCGGAGCGAGUUCUCCGACCAGUCCGACGCGGAGGAGGGCGGCUUCGGCCCGCUGCCCGAGUCCGUGUUCGAGGCCAUCGAGGACUCGCAGGACAGCCUGCCCCCCGCGCCCGCCCCCGCCCCCGCGCCCGCCCCAGACAACACGGCCAAGAAGAAGGACAAGACCCGCACGUGCCCGAUCUGCUUCAAGGUGUACACGGCCUCCUCCAGCUACUUCUACCACAUGAAGUACUUCCACAAGGGCUCCAAGGAGCACGAGUGCAAUGUGUGCCAACGUAAAUUCGCUACCAGAGGGAGCCUCGCCCAGCACGUACUGACGCACGGGGACGAGCUCAAGUUCGAGUGUAAAACGUGCGGGAAAAGAUUCAGGACUAAGGCGAGUUUAUACAUUCACAAUUUGACUCACACGGGCAAGAAGCAGUGGUCGUGUGGGGAAUGCGGGCGCUCGUUCCAGUGGCGGCAGCUGCUGGCGCGACACGCGGCGCGGCACGAGGGCGGGCGGCGGCACCGCUGCGCCCACUGCGGCCGCGGGUUCAGCAUCAAGUGCGACCUCACGCGCCACGCCGCCACGCACGCCGCCGGCCGCCACGCCUGCGUCAAGUGCGGCGCCACCUUCGCGCAGCCGCGGUACCUGAAGGUGCACAUGGACAAGAAGCACACGGCCGCCCCCGCUACCCCCGCCACCGUCGUUGCUGACGUCACGCAGGCCUAGUAUUGUGUGUCGGCUAGGUAUAAUUUGCGACAAAACAGAUUACCGCUCUGUAGCAAGGUAGAAACGGCUGUGGAACGUGGUUGGGUAACGAGAAGGUUCAUAGUGAAACCAGCUUAUCUGGUGCGGUGAUAGCUAUGGUUUUUAUGUCGUUUUUGAAAUUCAGAAAUGUGUUUAGAGCUUCAUGAUGUUUGGCGCAAAUUAUAACACUAACUUAUUUAAUAAUUCCAUUUGAGUUAUGUCCGGAGUAGGCCAGCUAGUUCGGUUACUUUGCCUCGGGCGCCCUAUUCUCUAAGUAUAAGUAGCUAGUGUAUGUGAUAGCAAGACUGAUGUAUGUAUAAUAACGACGUGCCACGAAACCACAAACGCUUCAAUAGCUUGUAAUUUACCCCGGAGGUAUGUGUGUGAAAUGUGUAGUUGUAGUUGAGCCAAAGAACUAUCUCUGUUUGUAUCAUUUCUAAGUGGAAUGAUACCUUUUUACAAAAUGUUUGUAACUCUGUUUGGAGCUGUGUGUGUGUGAAAGGGGUCGACCCAUGAUGAAGCGUUUUUUUUUAUUAUUUCCAUUCUGUGAAUUAAAAAGUGACUCAAAAGGCCCUUAAACAUUCAGAGAACCACAAAUAUUACAGUAACAUUGGUUGCUCAAUGCGUGUCCAAUCAUAGCUUGUGUAAUAUCAGUAGGAUAAGCUCCGUUAGAAGUCGCAGAGUUUAAUGAAUCUUUGCAGGCACUUAUGUAGUACAUAAUGUACAGUCGUGUUCAUGUGUUGUAAUAGUUAUUAUCUUUUGAGUUAGAAUGAACUUUUAAGUACGGUCGACAUCAAUAAUUUUUUUACCCGACUGCCGAAGGAGGAGGGUAAUGUUUUUGUCACUUUCGGUCCGUAUCCUUUUUUAUUCCUUAGUGCGUAAAUUUUUUCGCCAUUUAUACA